AUGGAGCUGAUGGAGAUUGAGAGCGAGGCGGCUCAUCAGGGGACUCCUCCAACCAGAGCGGAGGGAGCACAGGACGAACCGGCUGGAGGGGAUUCGAUCUUGCAGGAGACACCGGCGGACGGUGAGCACCCUGCCCACGUACGCGAUGUCCAACGCGCCAUCACAACCCUCGGCGGCCUCCCUGCGCUUACCAAGGCGUUCGAAGAGGCGGCCAAGCUCCUGGAGCUGCGCUUUCGUCCAGAGGAUCCCUACGCGCACCCCCUGUUCGGUGACUACACGCUGGGCUCUUCGCUCCUCCUGAAGACGCAAGAAAGCCGCCCCGGCCACCCCCGCCACCUCUUCCACCUCCUCCUCCUCUACGCCAUCAUCGACAAGCCGAGCGACUUCAAGGCUGAAGUGGUGGCCAUGAUCCCCGCCGUGUACCAGUUCAAGGGAAUGGCGGAUUUCCAGUACGUGCCGCCCUCCGAGGUGGUGGUGAAGGAACAGCGAGGGGCCUUCCAGCUUGACGAGCCCAUGCACCUGCCGCCGCCCAUCUUCUCCAAGGUGGACAUGCCGCAGAACUACCGGUUCCUGCCCAACCUCCUCUUCCGGGUCGUCGAGGAGCAGGGACCCGACGGCGAGGUCACCAAGAAGUUCGAGCGAGCGCUGAGACGCCAGCCUGCGACUUCGUUCCGUCUCCCAGCGGUGGCCUUUGAUGAAGAGGUGGUGCCGCAGGGCGCGCCGCCGGACGACCAGCGGAAGAGCAAAGACCUGAAGCGCCUGGAGGGCCUCCUCCGCACCCUGUUCGAGCAGCGCCCGGUCUGGUCCACCGUGGCCCUCCGCGCCAACGUCCCGUCCGAGCUCGCCUCCAAAGUCAAGAGGGCGCUGUCGGCGGUGGCGUACCAUUUCAAGAGCGGGCCGUGGCGCAAGAUGUGGGUGCGCUACGGCUACGACCCGCGCCAGCACACCGACGCUCGCGUGUAUCAGGUCAUCGACUUCCGCGUUCCGCCGGGCCACACCCGCCAGCGACACCUGGGCUACACGCAACACGCGCCGCGCCGACGCAAGCUCAACAUGCAGAUGGACGUCUCCACCAUGCUGGAGCCCGCCUCCGCCCCCUCCCAGGUGGAGCGAAAGGAGCUGCAGCUGGAGCACCGCUUCGCGAUCCUGCCCAGCCGCCAGCAGACGCUGUACCAGCUGUGCGACAUUGACGACACCCGCAUCCAGAAGCUCGUCCAAGCGCCCGACGCCUUCACCACCACCUGCAACCGAGCCAACGGGUUCUACACGCAGCGGACGCUGGACGCGAUUCGCAAGCUGAUGACCGAACGCUUGACCAUGCUCGUCAACGAGGCCAACACCAAGAGCAAGCGAGGGCGGCUGGAGGAAGGCGAGGGCGAGGCUGAAGAGGAGGAGCUGCCAUCGCCUGCCGGCACGCCCAUGCAGCUGCCGGGCGCGGGCGCGGCACAGGAAGCAGCGCCGCCGGCGCCGCUGGCCGUCCACGCGGAGAAGAUCGGGGCGAGCAUGAGCAUGCUCGAGCGGAUGCUGAGGGCGGGCGUGGGCGGAGCGGCUGCGCGAGAAGGAGCGAAAGGAGGCGACGAUGACGACGAAGACGAGGAGGUGGAGCCGUUCGAGAUACUGGAUGGUGCGGCGGCGGGAGAGGCGCGACCAGGGUUCUACAGCCGGCUGCUCAUGCAGGACGAGGAACCGAACGAGUACCCAGAUGACGAGGAAUCGGAAGAUGAGGAAGAGAGCGAAGAAGACGAAGACCCCUGGGCGUAG